AUGAACAUUAUCAAUGGACCCUCAAUUAGAACUGUGGGAAAUUUUUAUUCAGAUGAGAAACAUCGUCGUGAUCAAAUUCACUUGGAGAAAAUUGCACAACUCUUUAUGGCCUUACACUUGAGAGAUGGAGGUGAUAGACUGAAGAAACAUUAUAAUUCACUGUCACUUUCUACUACAAAUAUUGUUAAUAGUCCUAAACCUAACCCGAAUCACUUGGCUGAGACAAAGAAUGACUUCCGUGACUCUGACAUUUUUGUUAUUGAAUAUGAUAGUAAAAAGAGUCAUGGGAUAGAUUUCGAUAAGGAUAAUGUAGAAUAUUAUCCAUUUUCAUGA